GGGAUGCCUGCAACCGCGUUCAGGACUGGGCUGUCUUCCUGGGAGUAUUCUCCAUGGUGUAGGACAUAGGCUCUGAGGUCAAGUCCAGAUGUGGGUUCAGACUCUGCCUGGCUGUGUGACCCUGGGUAAGCCACUGGCCUUCUGUGAAUCCUGGGUCUGGCUCCUCAGCAGGAUGGCAGAACCCCAGCCAGCAGUUACUGAACACCCGCCCUGCCUGAAGCCCUUUCCAUGCAUUACCUCCACCGACUCUCACCUAAUCCUGUGAUGUAGGAAGAAAUCCCCCCUCUGCCCAGGCUGUCCUCAGCCACAAAGUUAUUCUGGGGGGUCACAUCUGGCCCCCUAAACACCCUGGGCACCACUGAUUCCAGCAUCCAGGUAGCCCCAACCACUGCCCUGAGAUGGGCCUGGGGAGCUUAUGCCCCACACCCCCUCCCCAGGCCACCUAAUGGGCAUCUCAACAUAAGCUGCAAUCUUGAUUCUCUGCCCCCAUCACGUGUGGUCCUCAUCCCGGCUUCCCACCUCAGGACCAGAGCCUGAGCAGCUCAUGACCUCGCUUCUCCCCCGUGUGCAAGCGCUGUGGAUCUUGCCUCUAAACUAGAUUAUUUUUUUUUAAUUUAUUUAUUCACGAGAGACACGGGGUGGGAGGCAGAGACACAGGGAGAAGCAGACUCUACACAGGGAGCCCGAUGUGCGACUCGAUCCCGGGUCUCCAGGAUCAUGCCCUGAGCUGAAGGCAGCACUAAACCCCUGAGACACCCGGGCUGCCCCUAAACUAGAUUCUUAAUCCUCCCACUUCUCAUGGUCUCUCCAGCUACCAAGCUAGCCGCAGCCAACAUUGACCCAGCCCCGCACCCGCCUCCACAAUUGUCCCCCCUUCCACUCUCUGCCCCCUGGAGCCCAUUCUCCGUGCUCCAUUCUAAGGCAGCCAGAGGGAUCUCCAAAAAUUGCAAAUAUGAUCACUUCGGUCCUUGCCUAAAAUCUCCCGGCAGCUCCCCAUCACAUUUACAAUGACACUGAGACUCUUCAUCAAGGCCUGACAGUCCCCAAGUGCGGCCUCGGCUGCUGCGCCACUGUCCUCCCACAGGACCUCUUUGCAGGGCCUUGAGUAACCUGUGUGUGUUCUCAGGACCUUUGCACUUGCCAUUCCUCGGUGUAGUCCUCUUCUUUCCUGUGCUUUAGGUGUGAAUUCGAACAUUGCUUCUCUUUAAAGGACCCCAACCUACCCCUGUCCGUUUGCCUGUGACUCUCUAGACUCAGCUGCUGGAGGCAGGGAGCUUGGCGGUCUCACUGACUGCAGAUAGCCAGAUCCCACAACAGGAGGAGCUCAGGAAACACUGGGCGGGUGGCUACAUGGCUGGAACCUGGAGACAUUAAGGGAGUUGUCUAACCACAAAGCAGCAGCAGAGCGGGGCACCAUCCAGGACAGUUGGAUCCUGACCCUGGGGAGUCCAAUCCUAGAACUGUGUUGCUCCCCGAUAUUUGCUUAAGAGUUUGGCCACCUGGGUUGGAAUCCCUGCCUCACUAAUUUACUGUGUGUCCUUGGGCAGGGCCUUCAACCUCUCUGAGCCUCAGGCUUUUCAUAUAUAAAUAAGCACAUUAACGAUUCUAACUGUGGUUGAUUAAAUGAAAUGAUACCAGGAAAACAGUAGCAAUAGGCCUGGCAGGAGCGCCUGCUAAUAAUUGCAGCAGCGAUACGGUCAGUACCACCUUCCUGCUUUGAGAGUUUAUGGGGGGGGGGGCGAAGCUGCCCCCCCCCCACUUGCCGCCUCCCCAAGCGGGGGACCUGGGUGUGCCAAGAGCGUCCCCCUGCUGGUUGGACAGGUUUUGGGGAGGGCACGCAGAGGCACGGAGCCCAGGCGGGGCUGGCCAGGGUUAAUUAGAGGGAGCUGGCCAAGAGGCGCUGGGGGUGAGGGGCUGAGCAGAGGCUGAACCUCCAGAGCCCCUGGAGCAUCGGUGUGCGAGGCCAUGGGCCGGGGCUUCCAUUCUGCCAGACUCAGACGCCAAAAACGGCGCCUGCGAUCUCGGCUCCAGAAGCCCAGGCAGCAGCCAGAGCGGCUGCAGCAGGAGAACCAUGAGCUCCGCCAGGGCCUGGCAGCCCGGGGAGCCGAGUGGGAGGCCAGAGCGGUGGAGCUGGAGGGGGACGUGGAGGCCCUAAGGGCCCAGCUCGGGGAGCAGCGCUCAGAGCAGCAGGACAGCGGGCGUGAGCGGGCACGGGCCCUCACUGAACUCAGCGAGCAGAACCUCCGGCUCAGCCAGCAGCUGGCCCAGGCCUCCCAGACUGAGCAGGAGCUUCAGAGGGAACUGGAUGGCCUUCGGGGACAGUGCCAGGCUCAGGUCCUGGCAGGAGCAGAGCUGAGGACGCGGCUGGAGAGUCUGCAAGGGGAGAACCAGAUGCUGCAGAGCCGCCGGCAGGACCUGGAGGCCCAGAUCCGGGGCCUGCGUGAGGAGGUGGAGAAGGGCCAGGGCAGGCUACAGGCAACCCAUGAAGAGCUGCUGCUGCUGAGGCGCAAGAAGCGAGAGCAUAGCCUGGAGCUGGAGCGCGCGCGCUGCGAGGCGGGGGAGGCGUUGAGAGCGCUGCGGGGGCUGCAGAGGCGCGUCUCGGAGCUGGAGGAGGAGUCGCGCCUUCGGGACGCCGACGUGUCGGGAGCCUCACUGCAGUCGGAGCUGGCUCACAGCCUCGACAGCGGCCAGGACCCGAAGGCUGACGCCCGCGGAGCUGCCCCGAACACUCCGUCCCCCGAGAUCCAAGAGGCGUUCAGCCACCAGCCUUCGCCCCAAGAGGAGAGCCUGGAGCCUCCCAAGAAGCGAGCAUCCCUGAGGCCAGGGGAGAUACUAGAGGAGAAGGAGGCCGAAGUGGCCCGGCUGCAGGAUGAGGUCGCGCUGCAGCGGGCAGAGCUACAGUCUCUGCGGGAGGAGCUGCAAAGGCAGAAGGAGCUGCGGACGCAUGGCGACCCCGACGAGGCCCUCAGCGGAGCCCUCUCGGACCGGGACGAAGCUGUGAACAAGGCGCUGGAACUGUCCCUGGAGCUCGGCCGCGUCUCUCUGGAGCGGGACUCGCUCUCCCGGGAGCUGCUUCGCACUAUCCGCCAGAAGGUGGCGCUGACGCAAGAGCUGGAGGCCUGGCAGGACGACAUGCAGGUGGUGAUCGGCCAGCAGCUGCGCUCCCAACGACAGAAGGAGCUAAGUGCGGCGGGAGCAGCCCCGCGCCGCGCCACCCCGCGCUUCUCGCUGCGCCUGGGUCCUGGGCCCGCCGGCGGCUUCCUAAGCAACCUCUUCCGAAGGACCUGAAGGCCGGGCCAUGGGGGCCGCCAGUGCCUUCUGGCUUCCUUUCCUCUAAUGGCCCUGAGUGUCUUCCAGAGGGGGCUGGUGCCCUCCCCACCCCGGGAAGCUGGGCAAAGGCUCGUUGGGAGCAGGGACCAGCUCUGGGGGCCAAGGGCCCCAGGUGGGUGGCGGGGCAGGUGAGGCAGAGCUGAGUUUUGAAUCUCUAUAGGUCUAUAUUUUCUAAGGGCCUGGUGCGCUGCAGGGCAGGGAUAAGGGUGGGUAUUUAUGUAUCAAGAUCAAACAGUAAUAUAUAAAAAUCAUGACACCAA